AUGACAGACUUCCUGAACGCUGUUGGUCUGUUCGCCAAGAGCAACUUUCCAGGCGACAAUGGCCCAAACGGAGCUAUCAUCAGCGUCAAAGCUGGUCUUGCAGCCAAUCUGACUGAGGCCGGUGGAGGCAUCAAGGCGGUCUACGCCUACGAUGCUGACAACCAAUACCUUGGCGAGGGCAAAGGAGGCAGCGUUGCAGAAGGAGGCCUAUUCUCGAGCACUGUCGAUCAGGGUGCUCCGGACACACAGGCUGACUUCGUGGAUGUCACCUUCGAUAAUGACGCUGUUUGCGUCGCUUGGAUCACGGUGAAGAUGCACGAUGGUAGCCCUGGCGGUGCCUGGACAGGUGAUGUUGGCUCCUUCUGCGGCGAGACUUGGUAUACACAGACCCAAGAGGCCGGAAAAGACAAAGACGGCAACCCAUACGUGCCUCGUUGCACAUGGUUCGAUGGCGACCACACAACCGGCUCCCAUGCGUCGAUGAAGUUCCGCACUCGAGCUUACGGCGAGAAUGCCGGCGACACCAUCUCAAACAACCAUGCUUGUCAAUCGACCAUCUACGGAGUUGACAACACUCCUGUGGAAGGCACUCCGGCCAAACGCGAUGUUUCGAUUCGGCCACAGUGGAUGACGGAGCAGCUAAUCAUUUCAAGCAUUGAGCAACACUCUGCAAAGGAGCUUUGCGAGUCUGCGACUUCCUGGGGUCCAGAUUUCGUUGACUCGAAGGGACAGUACUGUGAUAUGGGAACCAAGACGUUGACGCCGCUGUGCUCGGCCGAGCAGAUCGAAGGCUGCUUGACUAUUGAUGGCAAUGCUUUGAAGAAGCGUUCUUCUGUGGGUAAGCGUGAGGUCCAUCUCGCAAAGAAGACUUACGAGAGAGUGAUGCACUGGUAG